AUUAAGCCUCAUAACUAUUUGGGCGAGGAAGAGGAGGAGGAAGAAGAAGAAGAAGAGGAGGAGGAGGAGGAGGAAGAGAUGGAAGGGCAUAGAACCCACAACUACGAAAUGCCUGCCGCUCAGCGCCACGUCCAGGCCAACAACUUCAAAAACGGAAGGGCUUCACCAGGAAAGAGCGUGUCCUUCCAAGACUACGCCACUCAGUACAUGGUCAAUGCCGAUGGCGACGAGCAGAUUGAUGCCGAUGCCGCCAAUCAGCUACAGACAGAGGACCGCCAGGCAAGAGAUGUAGGCAAUCGCUUAACGCGGUCUAGAAGCCCUAGCAAGCGUAGCAUAUCUAGAGUUGAUUUGCACAGAGCCUCUAAAGAGAACGUCAGUGGGACACAGAGAAACACAUCAAGGGGCCCUGCACCUGCAUCCGCAUAUUCCAGCGGACGCCCAGAAGAUCAACUGGAGCCAACUUCCCGAUAUCCCGGAUCCGCAGACCCAACUCCUCCAGAAAACCUCACACCACAAGAGAGGAAAGACAACGAGCUCGACGCAGUCGUCAUGGCAACAUUGGCAAAAAUCCGCACUAGCAUUGAUUCCCUCUGCGACCGUUACUUCAGAAGAGACAUCAGAAGGCCUUAUCUCACGAAGAUGCUUAAGGAAAUGCUCAAGACUAUUGAAAGGGGGAACGAGUGGGAGUUCAUAAACUUCUGCAGGGCCAUUUCCGAAGGCGGCGGUGAUGCGAAGACAUGGCAACAGGUCGUCGCAGACUCAACUUGUCGUCAUGGUCUCAGUUAUGGCAUCAUUCAUAGGGUGCUGGUACAGCAUGUCUUCAAGAGCCUGUUGUUUGGCGGGCCUCCAGAGCUGUCGGCAAGGCUGGAGCAAAUGGAAAGACACCAAGAAAAUGAGGACGGAUUCUUCAGAGAACAACAGCGAGCUGGGUACGUCGCAUCUUAUGAGCUGCAAUACAGGGUGGAUCUCAACCAGACCGACGAGCGAAAGUUUGCCAAUCUUGACCUCGCCCUGAAGAUUUCCAGAUUACUGCAGCCGCUUUGGGACCUCGACCGUGAGAAUACAGAAGAAGAUUUCAGGCAGUUGCAGCAAAAGGUAUUCAUGAUCGUCAAAAUGGCAGCGGAACUCGCAACACUCAUGAGGAAAAGCGGCGACUAUGUCCUCUACCAGUUCGGACACGUCUUCAAGGACCAGGUGGCGGAUCGUACGACGAUGGAAGUGCUGAACUUUGGACAGAUGGAGCAAGAGUACAAGGCGAGUAAAGGAGCCGAUCAGGUCUUGAUCAGGAUGGUAUGUGGUGACCCAUUGUAUGCGUUCAGGAAGGGGGGUGGUGUUCUGGCCGAGAGAAUACUGGAGAAGGAGGAGAAGGAGCAGGACCUGAGUAUCGCUCCAGAGCUGGGACACCUGCCACGGAACCACUAUCGCGGUCGCCUCAUCACAGCACAUGACGGUUACAGGGCCAAGUUCUUGGCCAAGGCGCAGGUGAUUGGGCGGGUCGAGGAGAUAAGCAGCGAGAGCACGGCAACGGAUCUGAUGGAGGCGAUCCGUCUUCUGAAAGACGAGGGAUGUACGGCGCAGUAA